CCCAAACAUGGACGGAGGUCCGAAGAAAAAAGAGAAAUUAGGUUACAAAAAAGGAGGAUUGCGGCGGUUUUAAUAUGGCGAUUUCCCAAAACCCGCCGCAAUACACAAUAGAUUAAUGGUCAUUUUGGCAGCGCCACAUUACUCAUUUAUAAAGUGGCGGAUUAGAACUCGACCCGACCUAAAAAAAAACCCUAGUCUCUCCAUUUGCCUCUCUUCGUUCAUCGAUCAGGAGCAAUCCGUAAGCGGCGUUUCACCAAAUCGCCAUGGCCGACGACUCCAUCUUCUCUCCUUUCCUUCUCUUCCUCUAAUCCGGUGUCCAAUGAAGCCCGCAACGAGUUCACUGACAUUCCAUCAUGCCUUUGAUAUAUGUUGCAACUCAAGGUGAUUUAGGCCUUGCUGAUGCUUUUAUUCAAGGGGAUUUCUCUUUUGUCGAUAAGAAUGAAGGUCUUCUUAAUCUUUUCAUGAUUUUUGUUAACAACAGAGAUUUGAAAGCAUCAGUCACAAGGUCUAGUAAGAAAAGAGGCUGGUGGACACCACUGCUUUUUACAGCUGCAGUAUCAUCUGCAAAAUAUUUCAUUCGGCACGUUUCAAAUCAAAACACCCUGACUCAGGCUCGUCGGAACAUCUCUCAUCACUAUGACCUGAGUAAUGAACUCUUCUCGCUCUUUCUAGAUGAGACAAUGACAUAUUCAUGUGCAAUUUUUAAGGUAAGACCUCAACUUUCAAAUAUUUUGCAGCGUUGCCUCUAUAUCUUAUGCAAUCUACAUUUCUGUCCAACACGCUAUUUGCACUGCAAAAUUUCAACACGCUAUGAAAUUUCAUUUCUGUCCAACACGCUAUAAUUUGUCAUUUCAAAUUGCGUUUAAUUUCUGAUAAACCAUCAGCUAUUUGAGCCAUGUUUAGAAUAUCAGAUUCUGUCCCCAAGUAGUCAAUUUCCCUACUGUCUUCACACAAAGGUAAGCCAAAUUCAGGGCUGCAAGUUUCUGGUAUGAACUCUGACUUGAUCACCUCUGUUUCUAAUUUAUUGCCUUCAUUCUAAAUCUCUUCAUUGCCACCCUUUUCAGUUAACUUUCUAAGUCUCUGCAACUGUAAAGAUAAAGAAAAUUCUAGUAUUAGCUUUUCUAACUCGAAAAGGAGAAAGUUAUUUCAAUAAAUUACCUGGAUGAGUAGAGAUUCAUUCUCUUUUUUGAGCAUUUCAUACUUAGAACCAAGGUUAUCAUAACUGAUUUUAAGCAUUCUAUACUCCAUCUCAAGUUGCUUGGACUUUGAUCUAGCUCUCUUGUUCUGAAACCAUAUAGCAACUUGGCGCGGCUGUAGGCCUAAGCUUUUAGCCAACUGCUGUUUUGUUCUCAAUUCAGGCCUUGCCUCUGUCUCAAACAUGUGUUCUAGUGAUCGAAUCUGCUCGUCGUUGAAUAUUCUUCUCAUGUUGUCCUUGCAAUUCUUAAUACUUGACAUAGCGUGCAGAUUUAGAUCCUUUCCUAAUGACUUCUUGACUUAAGUUCUAGUUAUUGAUUUUCACUGAGUAGAUUUGUAGUUGUAAUUUGUAUAUUAUAAUAUACCAUUUGUUUGCCAGAAGUUGGAAGUAGCUCCAAAGUAAAAUUGGUUCCCAGAACUCCAUUUGGUGAUGCACCCUUGUUUUUGUUAAACAUUCUUUUGCAAUUAAGAGGACAACUUUGGUUUUUUUAAACUUGAUCUUCUAUGGAUUUUUUGACGAUAUUCCAACAAAUAAUACGUGUUUAUUGUCUCAUCUUUUUUGCAGGCACCAGAUUUAGAAGCGGAUCUCCACGAAUCGAGCCAAAAAUAUUUAUCAUACAUGUGCAAUUAGUAAUUGUGUUAGGAUCAACUAUGGUUUUAGUUUUGGGUCGUCCAAAUAAUUCUUUGAAACUUCAAUAUAUUAGAUGAUGUAAUUGUGGAGAUAUACCUUUCUUUAUACAAUGAAUAUCUUUGAUGUUUAAUUCUUUA